CUGUGCUUGAUUAGAGGGAGAGAAGUACACAGCACUUUCACCGAUCUACAUUGAAGCGGCAAGUUACAUGACGCAGUAAUUUUUUUGUUGAUGUGUGUCCUCUUGCACGUACCUACCGGACUUAUUGAGGUCCCCUUCUUGAAGGAGGUACCGAUCAGUUACGAUCGAGAUUUUGUGACGAACGGACGACUUUUCAAAGCUUUCAAACUGACCGCCAAAGGCUCAAAGUGGAGCUCUCAAGAGUGACGAGUGAUUUUCGCUGGCAAAUGCAUACGCACCAUUGUACUUGGGUAAAGAAUCAAGCCAGAAGCGUUCACAAACGAUUGCACUGGGUGGAAGUGCUGGACAAGGGGUAAAUUUGGUGGAAGAAAUCGAGAAUGGCGCCAAAUCAGCGUGACCUCGAAACGGCCUCGCUGCUGACUGCAAGCGACGAUAAUAACAACAAUGACAACAGCAGCAGCAUUCGCAGCAACCUCAACGGCGAUCAUCGACUGAAGCCAUCGCUUUUGGAGGUUGCGAUCCGAAACAACAUGCGACAUUACGGAUCUACGCCUAAUCAAUGGCAGAAGAUAACGCGCUACGACCCACUUCAGCACCGGAAGCUGGAGAACCCCACGUCCAAUCUGGACACUUUGAUUCACAUGUUGAACGGGAAUUUGGGCACGGGAAUCCUGGCGAUGCCCGACGCCUUCAAAAAUGCCGGAUUGUACGUCGGAUUGUUUGGAACAAUGGCUAUGGGCGUUAUCUGCACCCACAGUAUGCAUACUUUAGUUAAAGUUUCGCACGAACUGUGUCGACGGUACCAAGUGCCGUCCAUGUCGUUCUCCGAAGUAGGCCGAUACGCUCUGGAAUCCGGUCCAAAUAGCCUACAACGAUUCAGCCGCCUCAUAGGACUGCUCAUCAACUGCUUCCUCAUCAUCAUGCAGCUCGGAUUCUGCUGCGUCUACUUCCUCUUCGUAGCCGUCAAUCUCCAUGACUUCUUGGAGUACAUCUCCAUCAAAACGGACGUUUUCACUGUUCUCCUGGGGAUAUUGCUGCCGUUGAUCGCCCUGAACAUGAUCCGCAGUCUAAAGCUGCUCACGCCUACUUCGAUGGUAGCCUCCUUUCUGGCUAUCUCUGGCAUCACGAUCUCGUUCAUGUUCCUGCUGAAAGAUCUUCCGCGCAGCACGUCGGUAGCGCCUGCGUCCAGCUGGAGCACAAUUCCACUGUACUUCGGGACGGUCAUGUAUGCCUUCGAGGGCAUCGGUGUUAUUCUACCGCUGGAGAACAACAUGAGAACGCCGAAGGACUUCUGCCGCUGGAAUGGGGUGCUCAACACCGGAAUGACCAUUGUAGUGUGCCUGUACUCGGCCGUCGGUUUCUACGGGUAUCUCAAGUACGGGGAUGCGGCCGAGGGAAGCAUCACGCUCAAUCUGCCGAGCCAUUUGUUUUUGGCAGAGCUGGUACGGCUUCUGAUGGCGGUGGCCGUGUUCGCGUCCUACGCUCUCCAGUUCUACGUUCCGGUUUCCAUCCUGGGCCCAGUGGUAAGGCGGCAGUUCGGAUCGCACCGUGCCCAAGACUACGCCGAAUACGCUCUGAGGGUGGCGUUGGUAUUGCUAACCUUUACUUUGGCGACCAUCAUUCCCAACUUGGGAUCGUUCAUUUCGCUGGUCGGAGCCGUCAGCACAUCGACACUAGCCCUAGUGUUUCCGCCGCUGUUGGAGAUUGUUACCUAUUGGCCGAAUCGACAGUAUGGGACGUGGAACUGGAUUCUGUGGAAGGACCUACUGAUGGUGGCGUUUGGGUUGAGUGGAUUCCUGAUUGGAACCAGUAUGAGUGUGGUUGAGAUUGUUACGGAGUGGCAGUAAGGGCCUAUGGACAAUUAGGUAGGCAACUCUAUUUUUUAUAAUGACAAACCUUUUUUGUUAGCUAUUUUCGUGAUUGUGUUGACACCGGAACAAAUGUGUUCAAUGUUUUAGAUAUGUUUCGUUUUAAAUUAUUUAUAUUAUUAGAAAAUAUACAGUAUGCUAGACAGA